AAAAAAAAAGUCUAUUUCCCCUAAAAAACAGCCCAAAUUUUCUACAUCGUCCACAAAUUACCGUUCCCCCUUCUCCAAUUUUGCUCCGAUUUCGCCAUUCUAUGGCUUUUCCAUGACUUGGACGUAAUUCCCGCCCUCCGCCGUCUGAUCGUUUCCUCUCAACGUCGACGGCGAUUCAGGCCGGUAUCAUGUUGAUCCACGACUUGGUCUACUGGCUGUCGGAGCACCCCUCCAUCGUCGGAUUCCGAUGGAGCCACACUCAUUCAUGGGGUUCCACUUGGUCGUUCCUUUUCUCUUCCAUAGCCUUUUACCUCGCCUUCGCCAUCGUCGUCCACCUCUUCCUCAGCCUCCUCCUUAGCCCCGACCGCACUGUCCCGCUCGGCCCCAUUCCAGCCAUUCAUUGCCUCUCCAUGGCCCUAAUCUCCACCCUCAUCUCCGCCGGCAUCCUCCUCUCCUCCGUCGCCGAGAUCCGCGACACCCGAUGGUUCUGGCGGCGAUCGAAAACCCCCUUCCAGUGGCUCCUCUGUUUCCCCUUAGGCACUCGGCCGUCUGGGCGGGUGUUCUUCUGGUCGUACAUCUACUACUUAUCCCGAUUCUUCCAUAUGUUCCGUACAAUUUUCACCAUUUUUGGCCAUCGGAGACUGUCCUUCUUCCAGCUCUUCAACCACUCGAUUUCGACGUUUAUGUCGUUUCUCUGGCUCGAAUUUUCUCAGUCGUUUCAGGUUUUGGCUAUCCUCUCGACCUCGCUCGUGUACGCGGUGGUUUACGGGUAUAGAUUCUGGACGGCCAUUGGAUUACGAAGGGCGUGUUUCCCUUUCGUGGUAAACUGUCAAUUCGUUCUGUUGGGUUGCAAUUUAGCCUGCCAUGUGGGGGUGUUGAUGCUGCACUUCAUGAAAGGUGGGUGCAACGGAAUUGGGGCUUGGGUUUUCAAUUCUGUGCUCAACGGCGCCAUUUUGCUGCUUUUCUUGAACUUCUAUCUCAAAAUUCAUCUCGGUAAGUCGCAGGAAUCAGUGAAGAUCAUCAAACACCACCCCUGUUCUUCGGGGAAUUUAGAGAUUCAAUUGAAAGAGAAGAAUCAUUGAUCGGUUUCCGUUUCGAAUUUUGAAAAGGAAUCGGUGGAAUCAGAUGGGAAGGUAGUGAAAUUGAAAUUGAAAUUCAUGUAUUGGAGAGUGUGAGGAAAUAAUUUACUCAAUAAUCUUGAUUUUGGUGGAA